GCCACGCGCCGCCGCCCACGCGCGCCCCUCGGGGCCGCGACGCCUCUUUGUCCGGGGGGGCCGUUCAUGCCACCGCCCCCCGCGCGUUGCGGGCCGGGCCGCACCGAGCAGGGCUGUCUCUAGGCCUAAGGAUUUGACCCCGGCCCCUCGUUGCCCCUGGAGAAUGAACCAGUCGCAAAGGAUGGCGCCUGUAGGCACGGACAAGGAGCUCAGUGACCUCCUGGACUUUAGCAUGAUGUUCCCGCUGCCUGUGGCCAACGGGAAGAGCCGGCCCGCGUCCCUGGCUGGGACCCAGUUUGGAAGCUCAGGUCUCGAGGACCGGCCAAGUUCGGGCUCAUGGGGCACCAGUGAGCAAGACAGUUCCUCCUUCGACCCUGGCCGGACCUAUAGUGAUGGCGCCCACUUCGGUGAGUCCCACAGCAGCCUCCCUCCUUCCACAUUCCUGGGUCCCGGGCUCGGAGGCAAGGGCAGCGAGCGGGGUGCAUAUGCUGCCUUCGGGAGAGACACCGGGGUCAGCAGCCUGACGCAGGUGGGCUUCCUCCCCAGUGAGCUGGCCCUCAGCAGCCCAGGGCCUCUGUCCCCCUCGGGCAUCAAGGGCGGGUCCCAGUAUUAUUCCUACUCUGGGCACCCUCGGCGGAGAGCAACGGAUAGCAGCCUGGACUCGCAGCCCAAGAAGGUCCGGAAGGUGCCGCCUGGCCUCCCGUCCUCAGUGUACCCCCCCAGCUCAGGGGACGACUACGGCAGGGACCCCACGGCCUACCCAUCCGCCAAGACGCCCGGCAGCUCCUACCCCACCCCCUUCUACAUGGCAGAUGGCAGUCUCCACCCCUCCACCGAACUCUGGAGCGCCCCAGGCCAGGCAGGCUUUGGGCCCAUGCUGGGCGGGGGCUCAUCCCCCCUGCCCCUCCCGGCAGGCAGCGGCAGCUCUGUGGGGGGCAGCGGCGGGUUUGGCAGCCUGCACCAGCAUGAGCGCAUGGGCUACCAGCUGCACGGAGCAGAGGUGAAUGGCGGGCUUCCAGCCGCACCCACCUUCUCGGGCCCUGCAGGCACCUACAGCAGCAUCUCCAGCCACACGCCCCCCGUCAGCGGGACGGACAGCCUCCUGGGCUCCCGUGGGACCACAUCCAGCAGCUCCGGAGAUGCCCUUGGCAAGGCCCUGGCCUCGAUCUACUCCCCGGAUCACUCAAGCAAUAACUUCUCCUCCAGCCCCUCCACCCCGGUGGGCUCCCCACAGGGCCUGGCAGGGACAUCCCAGUGGCCCCGACCAGGAGCCCCCGGUGCCUUAUCGCCCAGCUACGAUGGGGGUCUCCAUGGCCUGCAGAGCAAAGUGGAGGAUCACCUGGAUGAAGCCAUCCACGUGCUCCGCAGCCAUGCUGUGGGCACUGCAGGCGAUGUGCACGGGCUGCUACCUGGCCAUGGGGCACUGACCUCAGGCUUCGCUGGCCCUGUCAUGCCACUUGGUGGGCGCCAUGCAGGCCUGGUGGGAAGCAGCCAUUCGGAGGACGGCCUGUCUGGCAGCAGUGGCCUCGUGCACAACCAUGUGGCCCUCCCCGACCUCUCCCGGCCGCCUGACUCCUACGGCGAUCUUGGGCGCGGCACUGCCCCGGGCACCACUGACAUCAAGCGGGAAGAGCAAGAGGAUGAAGAGAACGUGGCGGCUGACACAGUCGAGGAUGAGAAGAAGGACCUCAAAGCUCCACGCACCCGGUCCAGCCCAGACGAGGACGAGGACGACCUUCUCCCCCCAGAGCAGAAGGCUGAGCGGGAGAAGGAGCGCCGGGUGGCCAAUAACGCACGGGAGCGGCUGCGGGUCCGAGACAUCAAUGAGGCUUUUAAGGAGCUGGGGCGCAUGUGCCAGCUGCACCUCAACAGUGAGAAGCCCCAGACCAAACUGCUCAUCCUGCACCAGGCCGUGUCGGUCAUCCUGAACCUGGAGCAGCAGGUGCGAGAGCGUAACCUGAACCCCAAAGCGGCCUGCUUGAAGCGCAGGGAAGAGGAGAAGGUAUCAGGCGUGGUUGGAGACCCCCAGAUGGUGCUGUCGGCUGCCCACCCCGGCCUGGGCGAGGCCCACAACCCUGCCGGGCACCUGUGACAGGAAUGUUACCCGGACAAGUGACCCCACCUCGGUCUUACCUGAGACGGUCACGCCGGAGGCCAGAUCCCCACCCCACGUCGCCCGAGGUCAACCUCGAGCCAGCAUCGCCCCGGGCCCGGCCACCAGGUCUCCUACCGGAUGGAUCCUGAAACUGUGUCUAGGCCCUGCCACCCGGGCCUGGGCCCAAAGGAGCAUUUUUGUUUGUUUGUUUUUGGCAAUAGAACCUGAAACCAAGCAAGAAAGCAAGCCAGAAAUAUAUACACUUUGUCAGAAAAGAAAAAAAAGAUGCCUUAAGUUAAGUAUGAGGUCAAACAUGCUGCUCACGGGAGGGAGAAGCUGUUCGGAGCCAGCAGCAAAUCGUGCCUAAGCCUAAUCGUUUUUUUGUUUUUAAGGAAAAUAAAAGGAACCUUAGUUACGAGAUUUUUUUAUAUAUAUAUAACGUAGAAGAAAAUUAGAAUGCUUUUUUUUUUUUUAGCUUUUUUGCAUAUGUUUUGUAAGCAACAAAUUUUUUUGUAUAAAAGUGUCUUGUCUCUUGCUAUUUCUGCUGCUGUUUCUAGAAAUUAGCAUUGCAUUUCAUUAUCAACCAGAUUAUUAAAAAUUGUAUUAAAAUGACCCCAGGACUUCCCUGGCGGUCCAGUGGUUAAAAUUUUAUGCUCCCAAUUCAGGGACAUAGGUUCCAUCCCUGGUCUGGUAACUAAGAUCCCACGUGCAGUGGAGCAUGGCAAAAAAAGACCUCAUGUAGACCUGUGGUCUCCCAUCCUCUCUGGGAGCUGCUGGUCCCACGGGUGGUUGUUGCCAUCUUGUUCCAGUUCUAACGUGGGGGGCCUGUUCUCUAAGAUUUGCUCUCUGUGAAAUGGUGGAUGGGCCUCACCCUGAUGGGGAAUCUCAGUGGAGACAGGGAUGAUCCCAGCUCAGAAGGUCAAGGUUCCUCCCCUGUAAGCAGCUCUGUCCCUCCGUCCCGCUGCUAGCCCCACACUGAGCCCCGAGCCUGUGGACUUCUCCAAGAUAGGACUUUGUGAAAACCAGCAUUCCUGGGCUCAGGGCCUGUACAUCUUCGUCUAUUCGGCCAGGGGACCUGAGCCCCUGCUUCGAACUCUAGCACAGAAACCCCCGCUUCCCAAGUGGUUGUCCUGAUGUGUAUGUUGGGGGGGUGGGGAUGUACAGGGUGCCUGCCUAGGAAGGCCCUUGGUCUGUGUGUUUGCAACCCUGGAGGGUGGGCUGCCCUCAGGCUCUAAGUGCCAGCUCCCAAGCCUCCCCAGGUACCCUUCUCACCUGUGUUCAAGGGAGCCGAUUCAACCUGGACUGCUGGGACCAUCCCAGACUUAAACUGAAAGUCCAAGAUGGUCACUCUGUGUCACCUAGGCAUGGAGUCAGGCCCAGUGGGAUCUCACCUGCCCUCCCUUCUCUCCUGCACAGAGGCCUUAUGGACCCCCCAGGCUGGCUGUGGGCACCCCACACCACCAGCAUCCCAGGCAUCUACCCUAAGACUCCCACCCUCAUUCCCCAAGCACUGGGGCUGCUUGUCCCCCAAGACUGGAAUGCCCCUGUGGCUGGGUGUCCCAUGAGAAGCUUGAGGAAACCCCAAGACCAGGAUGGGUGGGAUAUCCCAGCUUGGGGGGCCACCUCUGGACUCCUGGGGUUCCCCUGGGCUCUCCUACCAAGACCAGGUCACACUCCUAGGUGAUCCCGCUGGUCUGUGGGUCUUAUCUCUGGGGAAGCUGCCUCAGUUUCCCUCUGCAGCUCCCUGAGGCCCACAGAUUUCUG